GCAAUCCGCCUGUGAGCGAUGCCGUCGUCAAAAGCUCCGAUAUUCCCGCCAUUGCGACGGAAACGAGACACGCUACACGCUGCACGCUGCACGUGAUGCGCGGGGCGCGGGGCGCGGCCUUGACUGCUCAAUGGGCACGAACAUAGAAUCAAAGGGCGUUGGAGACAUCACUGAAACAGAAAUUCUCCUGAGUGACCGUCUGGAUGAUGUCCCUUGAGAUAUGUCCCUAGACCUUCGCUUAGAAGACACUAUCCCCGACCUGACGAGUAGUGUAGGAUUCGGUCAAGCAGACGAAGAGAUGGAGCGCAUGACCGGCAGAUAUCAGGUCGCGGACCCAGCAAUCCAGCGUCGAGCUUUCUUCAAACUUUCAAAGACCAACGUCGACCUCCAUUACUCCUUGUCAAGUAAUCACAUUCACAAACCGCAUCUCAGCCGUUGUCCCUUCGCCCCGCCAUCCUCAACCCGCAGCGUAGGCAGUCUUACUGCGCCUGAACUUACACUAAUCGCCUUUCAAGACUUCAGUUGCAGUAGCAUUCUAUCAUACCAGGAAGAUGUCUCACAAGCGCCCGGGACUUUGCCUGCCCAAAGAGCGCUGUCAUGGGACAGCUCAUGCUCCAAAUUUGGAACUUUGGAUCCACUGCUGCUCGUCCGAGGCAGAGCAUCUUCGGCGCUUGGUUCUCACACCACCGUACUCGUCACUACUGUUCGCUACCAGCCAGUGGCCCUUACCAUUGUCAGCUACUAUCUACAACCCAUCGCGGUCUUUGAGAAGAUAUUCGUCUACAUACACCAAAAAAAGAAAAUAGAGUCAAUCGCCUGAGACCCAAUCCAGCUGAUGGAAGGAACCUAGUUUGGCGCCUUUUCGAGAGGAGAUGCCCAUCUUUAAGGUCUGAUGGACAAGAGCUGACUGGCUCUUGGGUGUUCCACAAUCGAUACUAUCAUCGCCGGUAGCCGUCGCAUCUUCUCGAACCAUCUCCCCUACUCGAUCUGGUCGUUUCCAUGAGCUCAGAUCCAAGGACCAAGCUUCCACACCACUGUCUAUUCAG